AAGAUUUUUAUGAUAUUUAAGCGUAGAGACGCUGUGGAUGGACUGUGGACGGUAGACUGGCCACCACACAAUCUAAAGCGAUGACAAGCGAAGACGACAGCGAAUUUCCACAUCAGAAAUGGCAAAUCAGCACGUAGCCAAUGGCAGAACUCCUCUUAUCCGAUCUUCUUAUCCUCCGCUGUCAAUAUACCUCCAUCCAACCCGAUGGCACUCAGCCAACAGAGGGGGAAAUGGCAGCAUCUCUGCAAGCCGCCGCCACGCUGAUGCAACCGUCCAAGGUCGGCGCUGCCGGCCGAAGCAUCGCAGGCCAGCCGGUGAGGUAUUCUUCCCACCUGUCUAAGGCGUUUGGGUUCGAGCCGGCCGCCGCCAGGGUCUCCUGUUCUUUACAUUCCGACCUCCGAGACUUGGCGCAGAAGGGCACUGACGCCGUCAAGCUCGCCGGCUUCGCACUGGCCGCCUCCGCCCUCGUCGUCUCCGGAGCGAGCGCAGAGGGCGUGCCGAAGAGGCUGACGUACGACGAGAUCCAGAGCAAGACGUACAUGGAGGUGAAGGGGACGGGGACGGCGAACCAGUGCCCGAGUAUCGACGGCGGCGUGGACUCCUUCGCCUUCAAGCCCGGGAAGUACAACGCCAAGAAGUUGUGCCUGGAGCCGACGUCGUUCACUGUGAAGGCGGAGGGAGUGUCGAAGAACGCGCCGCCGGAGUUCCAGAAGACGAAGCUGAUGACCCGGCUGACGUACACGCUGGACGAGAUCGAGGGGCCCUUUGAGGUGGGCUCCGACGGCAGCAUCAAGUUCGAGGAGAAGGACGGGAUCGACUACGCGGCGGUGACGGUCCAGCUGCCCGGCGGCGAGCGCGUGCCGUUCCUGUUCACCGUCAAGCAGCUGGUGGCGACGGGCAAACCGGAUAGCUUCAGCGGGAAGUUCCUGGUGCCCUCCUACCGAGGCUCCUCCUUCCUGGACCCAAAGGGCAGGGGAGGCUCCACCGGGUACGACAACGCCGUGGCGCUGCCCGCCGGCGGCAGGGGAGACGAGGAGGAGCUGAGCAAGGAGAACAUCAAGAACGUCUCCUCCUCCACGGGCACCAUCACGCUCAGCGUCACCAAGAGCAAGCCCGAGACCGGCGAAGUCAUCGGCGUCUUCGAGAGCCUGCAGCCGUCCGACACCGAUCUGGGUGCCAAGACUCCUAAAGAUGUGAAGAUCCAGGGAAUCUGGUACGCCCAGCUGGAGUAGUAGAACAAACCUAUCGAUCGUAAUCAGAAAUCGCCUUCUCGCCGCACCCUCUUGUUCUUAGCCUCAACUGUACCUUUUUGAAAGAACUGGACGUAAUAUAUUUUAUUUAUCUUUAA